AUGACACCUGAAGAGACUGAAGGCUUCCUCCAAAGCCUUGUCGCACCCCUGCGCAACAAAGUACCCACUCCCAUCCUGCAUAAGCCCAGCGAAGCCGAACUCAAAUACGAAGAUGUCUUCUUCCCCUCUGAAGAUGGCACCACACUCGAAGCCUGGUACAUCCCAAAGUCAGACUCGAACAAACUCAUCAUCGCCAACCACCCCCUGCGAUGCACCCGAGCCGGGUUUCCAGCUCACAUAGAACCUUGGAAGUCCUUCCUCGGUGGCUCCGCGCUUGGAAAUGAUGGAGAUCUAAAUUUCAUCCCCGAUUUAAAGAUCCUACAUGACGCGGGCUAUAAUGUACUCACUUACGAUAUGCGCAACUCGGGCAAUAGUGCGCAAGCAAAUGGUGGCAUUUCUGGUACUGGCCACUUUGAAUCUAGGGACGUGAUUGGCUCGCUGAACUACGUCCGUGGUCGAGAGGACACCAAAGACAUGACAAUUGGACUCUUCAGCCGUUGCCUCGGCGGUAUAUCAACCUUUAUCGCGAUAGACCGUCGCCCAGAGGUGUUCAAGGACGUGAGAUGCCUUCUCGUCCCCAACCCACUCUCCUACAGACCUUUUGUUGAGAGGGCACUUGAAAUGACGAGUCUUCAAGACCGCUUCAACGACGUGGAUGAAAUGAUUAAGAUGGAAACCAGCUUCAAUAUUGACGAACUGUCUCCAUUGCCCAUCAUGGAGAGCAUCCGUAUCCCGACCUUUAUCUAUUCGGUGCGAAAUGAUGUCCUGACUAAGGAGAAUGAUGUGCAGACUAUGUAUGACUUGAUUCCCAUCGAUGACAAAAAGCUUCACUGGGUGGAUGGAACCGCGCGAAUGAAGGGUUACACACAUUUUCAAGAGAACCCAACGAUCUUUGUUGACUGGUUGGAUGAACACAUGAGCUGA